AUGUCAAACAGCUUUUUCGUAUUUUUACCAAGUAAUGUCCCUGAUUAUUCCUCAAAUAAACCUAAUAAAUUCCGAGUACAUUUGCCAAAACCGCUUUAUUUUAAUGGAAACUGGGUAUGUGGAUUACAUAGUAUAAGUUAUCCUUAUUCUUGGCCUUCAACUAUUGGCACAUUAGAUGAACAGUGGCUAAAAAUUCACUUCACAGACGACCUAGGUCAGAAGCAUAUCCUUCGUGUACCUAUUCCAGGAGCAUCACAUACCAAAGUUGAAAAAUUAUGUGAUUUUUUAAAUUCUACCCUCAAACAACAAAUUAUCGCAAUAGAUCACGUAUUUGAUCCUGAAAAAUCGUCAAAAGAUUUAGUUGUUUCCCCUCCAAGACUAGACAAGAAAAAGAAAAGAGAUAUUUUUCCGUCGCCUCCAAGAUAUGAACCAGACAUUCCAUCACCACCAAAGCUAGCAGAUGAAGAAAAAGAAAGAGAUAUUCUUCCUUCUCCUCCAAGAUAUAAACCAGAAAUUCAAACAAUAAGCCAAUUACCAUCACCACCAAAGAUAUCAGACGAAGAAAAAGAAAGAAGAAAACGGGAUAUUUCCUCACCCCCAAAAUUUAAUCCCGUCAAUCAAGCAAUAACAGAUGUUAAAAAGAGUCAACUAUCAUCGCCACCAAAGAUACCAGAUGUCCAAAAAGAAUUAAUAAAUAAGGGUCAAAAGGUUAUUACACUUUCUUCCCCACCAAAAAUUAAGGAUAGUGGCCAUUCAUUAAAUGAGGGAAAUAAAAAAAUUAAAUUGUCAAAUGACGAAAAGAAAGAAAAAUAUGUUGCGCAACCAAACACUAAUAAUGAAAAAAUAGCAAACAAUAACAAUGUUUCAACUCAAUCCCCUUUAAAAGCAGAUGGCAAGAAAGAAAAAGAAAUUAAAAAUGUAAUAAGUCAAGCUAAAGGUGAAAAGGUCACACCAAAAUCUUCAAUUUUGAAAAAUAAUGAUAUAAAAAAUAAUUCUCAAUCAAAUUUACCAUUAAAUAUAGAGCAAAAUAAAAAUAUUGAAAGAAUUAAGAAAACAAUUAUUCCACCUGUCAUCGCCCCUCUUUUUGCAUUAGGAUUGCCAGACUUUGAAAAGGAAACAAAUAAAACAAUAAUAAAAGAAGAUGAAGAAAUAGAAUUUUCUAUAGAAAAUGAGCAAGUCUUGGAAAACAAAAAUUACAGUGAUGACUCAAAAUUUUUAUUAUGGAGAAGUGGUGUACGCUUAAGUGGAAAUUUGACUCUGCUCAAAAAUAUAAUAGAUUCAAUUGACUUUGAUUAUAAUAUAGAUUUUGCCCGAUUUAGAAUUGUUUUUACUCAUUCAAAUAUUGAUCAUAUAUCUUUGUCACCUCAAUUAGGCUAUGUUCUUGGAUUUGAAAACCCUCAAAAUAUUCAAAAUAAAGAAAUUGCAAAAUAUGGAAGUGAUUUGCGAGGAGGAUUUUCCAGUUUCGCUGUUUACGCAAAUGGUCUUACAGAAAAUAUGAUUAUCGGUAAUUCGCUUAGUUCUCUUCUGCGAGUAGUUUCUGUUUCUGGUGCAACACCAGGAGAAUAUAAUGAAAAAAUUUAUGAUACACCCAUCUAUGCCCGUGUCUUACCUAGAGAAAUUAAUGAGAUAGAGAUAGAAUUAAGAACUUUGGAUAAUGGAAGAUUAGUUCCUUUCGCAUACGGAACAGUUUUAAUAGUAUUGAUAUUCAAAAAAGUGAUAAAUUUUUAA